CAUAAUUUGUGCUCGUAAAAUCAAUAUGCAUGUUUUUCCGCCAACAUUGUCGGAUAUUUUUUCAUCGAUCAAGUCAGCAAAGACUUAUUCAAGAGACUAAUCGUCAUUUCUGUCGUACUUGUAUUUUCCAAAGUCGCAGGAAAUCGCGGGGUUUGCUUUCUUUUUAUUUUUCCUGUGUUUUUUUUCUGUUUAAGAUGAAGCGAGGCGUGUGAACGCGAAACGACGUUGUGGUAACUCUCCAAAGCGCUACAAAGUACAUAUCCCGUGAUGCGACAAGCCGAUCGAAAAAGAAAGGGAAAAACGGUCGCAUCUCUCUUCUACACCUGCACGUUGAGGAGCGACGCAGCGCGGUGCGUCGCAAUCGGUGAAACGAGGAGGGAAAUGGCGCGAGAGUGCACAAAGGGGCGGAAAGUGCAGCGGCGCGCGAAUAGUCGCGCGCGAUGGUGGGGGACCAAUGACGGGGUAUUGGAGGCGGUCACGUGGCACGCUCUUUAUCGUUGCGUUAACCGCGUUGUGUAUACGUUUGCUGCGAUCCAAGAGAGAACGCGACGCAUUCAUACGCCCGAACGCGAGUGACGAGGGCGAGCGCGCAAGACGAGCGGGGACAGGUUAGGUCUCGGUGUAGUGAAGGGAGGGGGAAGAGGACACGGACCGGGAGGUCGGGGUGAAACGGCGCGGACGAGGUAGGGACGGAUGGAGACUUAGGGAACACGUCGCGCGUUUGCGGACGAGACUACCGAUUCUACGCUCUGACCGUAUUUACUGGCGGACACACAAAUAUACAUACACAUACGCACACACGCAUAUCUGAGCGCAACACAGAAAGUAAGAGAGAUAGAGAGAGAGAGAGAACGGAUCGAGCGAGCGCCGUUACGAUAAAAGAAGUUUUUCGGAGAGCGCGUUCGGAGAACCGUUCGAUGGUCGCGGCAGCUAUGCGCCACGCUGCCGUCGUCGUCGUCGUCGUUGCCGCCGCCGCCGCUGCCACUACCACUACCACCACCGCUGCCGCCGCAGAGUACCUAACUAGCUAGUUCCGACGGGCCAGCACGACGGGAGUCGCGUCUCGGUACCCGUCAGUUAACAAACGAGCACGAGUGCGCUACGACGCGCGCGCGCGCUUCGGGCCUCGCCGUCGUCGUCGUCAUCGUCAUCGCCGUCGCCGCUGCUUGCUCUUCAUCGCCGUCAUCGUCGUUGUCAUUUCAUUCCCGAAGAUGACCAUAAUAGUCUUUCUGAUCGACACCUCGGCCUCCAUGAAUCAGAGGGCUUAUUUGGGCGGACGGCCCACGCUCUUGGACGUAGCCAAGAGUGCCGUGGAGACUUUCGUGAAGGUACGACAAAGGUCGCCGGAGAGCCGUGGGGAUCGCUACAUGCUCCUGACCUUCGAAGAACCACCUCAAAACAUCAAGGCAGGAUGGAAAGAAAACUUGGCGACGUUCAUGAACGAGCUGAAGAAUCUACAAUGCGUCGGCCUGACGACUCUGGGUGCUGCCCUGAAGCACGCCCUGGAUGUACUCAACAUAAAUCGUAUGCAAACCGGCAUAGACACGUACGGUCAAGGAAGAUGCCCGUUUUAUCUGGAGCCGUCUGUCAUAGUCGUCAUAACGGAUGGGGGGAAAUACACGACCAACAGCGGAGUGCAUCCAGAUCAGUUUACGCUGCCGAUGCACUCGCCGAUACCUGGAUCCGAGCUGACCAAAGAGCCUUUCAGGUGGGAUCAACGACUGUUCUCGCUGGUGCUUCGUUUGUCGGGAACGCCAGCUGUCGAACGAGACAUUGGUAUGGUGGCAAGCGACGCGUCGCCAAUAGACGCAAUGUGUGAAGUGACGGGAGGUCGUUCUUACUGCAUCACGUCGUUCAGAAUGAUGAUCCAGUGUAUAGAUUCGUUGGUCCAAAAGGUUCAGUCGGGGGUGGUGAUCAACUUUGAGAAGAUCGGUCCCGAUCCACCACCGUUGGCCAACGAGACUCCUCACCAGGACGAGGAGGAGAACGAUGACAAUGAGAACGGGAACGCGACUAAUGGACCGCGCGCGCAGUACCCCAACGCGUUAGCGUCCGGGAACACGGCCUGGCACAACUGCAGACGCUUGAUUUACGUGCCGCGAUCGGCGCAGAAGGGCUUCGCGGUAGGCUUUUGGCCGAUCCCGGAGAGUUUUUGGCCGGAUCUCAGUGCUAGCUCAUUACCGCCACGUUCGGCGCAUCCGAACGUGAAGUUCACGUGCACGAGCCAGGAGCCGAUGGUGAUCGAGAACUUGCCAUUCGACAAGUACGAGCUGGAACCGAGUCCGUUGACGCAAUAUAUCCUAGCGCGGAAGCAGCCCACGACGUGCUGGCAGGUGUUCGUCGCGAAUUCAUACAAAUCGAGCGAAGUAGGCCACCCGUUUGGAUACUUGAAAGCGAGUACAAAUCUAACGUGCGUGAAUCUCUUCGUUAUGCCUUACAAUUAUCCCGUGCUGUUACCUUUGUUGGAAGAGCUCUUCAAGGUGCACAGGCAAAAACCGACUCCAGAGUGGAGGGCGCAAUUCCAGGGCUACAUAAGAACCAUGCCUACCUAUUACGCCGCCUCGUUGCGCCGAGCACUGACCAGGAUGGGCGCGUCCGCGCCCUUGGCGCAAACGUUGAUACCGGACAACAUGGAUAACUCUCUGUCGUACAGCGUCUUGAAUUACUUGAAGCGACUGAAGAAUCAGGCAAAAAUCGAAUUCGAUCGGCUCUGCAGCGAGGUGAUAUCCAAGCAAGUGGCCGCGUCGAAUCUUACAAAGAAUCUGUCCAACUGCAGCACGAGCGCGAUGACGGAAGGAGUGAAAGUGGUGCCGAGGACGCCUUUGAAGAAAGACUUGGUGUCUCAUCCUUUGCUGCAAGACAAAUUUACGGGCCUGCGCGAUCAGUUGAACGAGUUUGGCGGUUUCGUGGUCGGAUUGGUGAGGAAUCAGCAGCAGCAACGUGGUGCUCACAGUUACAGGAAUGCGUUUGACGUGCCGAGGAAGUCGUUGCUCGAUCAGGUCGUGAGGAUGCGUGCAAAUUUUUUACAACCUGGUUUACUGCAUACAAAAUUACUUGACGACGAUUACGUUCACUCGAUGCCUUUAGCCCAGAUGGGAAAUUAUCAGGAGUACUUGAAACGCAUGACUCCGCCGUUGAGGGAAAUCGAGAGCGUGCCAGUGAGGCAGCACAUGUUUGGUAAUCCCUUCAAGAUUGACAAGAGGAUGAUGGUAGACGAAGCCGACAUCGACAUAGUCGGCGCGGCAUCCUCGACGUCCAAGGGCGGUCUCAAACGCACGCUACCACAGUCGGACGGCGGAGGUUCAUCUUCCCCGAGGCCGUCGCCCAACAAGAGGAAACCCGGGCCCAUACCGAAGGACGUGAUCAUACGGCGGCCUUCAUACUCGCCUAUCAACACUCCACCGAGUCCCACGAGCCCCACGAGUCCCAUGAGUCCAUGGGUAAUGGAGGACGCGAAGAAUCAAGCGACACCGGUAUCGCCCGUCGACGCGAGUGCCCCGCCGAGCUUGAUUUGUCUGCCGAACGUAUCGCCGGGUAACGUCUCGCCGUGUUCGAGCACGCCGGAGAAGCUGGUGAACGGACUGGCCGAGAUGCCGAUUAUACCGUUUUACGAGCCGAUUUCAGUUGAGCACGUUAACAACAAUAUGGACACGCCACCCGUGUUAACGCCGAUAGUUAACAAUAUCGACACGCCGAAGGUUGAAGUUAAAAGUGAACGGACAGAUAACGCGAGGAACGAGUGCAGUCGGUUACCACUCGUUAACGAUUGUAUCGAGAAUAGUGUGCGAGUCGUUGAUAGUGCCGCUGAGGAGCGACUGACGAAUCACGUGGAGGAUAAGCGCGAGCCAAAGUCCGAGCGGGAGAGGAAGCCGACGAAGGAGGAGCUGGAGGAUAUCAGGCGACACAAUCUCAACAUACGGGAUCUCGUUUACAAGGAAGUGCGAAGAAGAGGGACAAAUUACGCGACGCUGCUCUCGCACUUGCGUCAAAUUCAGGGGACCCUAGAUAUACGGCUCGCGUUUGUCAAGGACAUAGUAAAGGAAUCAUUACGCUUUAAACGACGUAACCUGGCGUCGGUGUUGGAAGAGUAUCUUAAGGACAUCCAAGAGGAUGGUUGCGCUAUAAAUCACAAGCUGAAUCACAAUGGUGCCACGAAGAUAAGUUGUUAAGAUAUGUGCGUAAUCAGGGCAUUAUCUUAAUAUAGCGGAGUUAGACGGAUCAUGCGGGACGAUUCUUGUGCAAGUUUUGGCCAGAAAUUUACCGGCAGCAAUUUCAAUCUCUCUCCCUCCCCUCUAUCUCCCCCCCUCCCUCCUCAAAAAUGACAUUUUACUUUUGAUACUCGCUGGAACGACCUGCACAAUUUCAAAUUUUCUUCUUAACAAAUUUCAAACAAAUAGCAUUCUCGAUGUCAACCACGAAAAUUUAUAUGGCUCUGUCCGAGUGUGCUUUUAGCUUGGCGAGUGAUCAGUUGGUAGCAAUUUCGAUUGUAUCCACCUCGCGCGGUAUCCCGCGUAUGAAUUUGAAGCAAUAAUUCACUCACGGAAUAUUUCUACUAGCAAGCAAGAACAAUUUUAUGGAGAACGAUAUGCGCUCGCGUAUACCAAAUUCUAUUAUAUUCCUCGACUAAAAGUCUCGUACGAAAAACUUGUAACUCGAACCGUUUUAAAUCUUAAAGGGAUCCAAGGCUCUCGAAAAAAGGCUUGAAAAGCAUUGUACGUAUUUCGAACGCAGGCGUUUGUACAUCGUUACGUGUAAAUAUGUUUGUACAUUUGUUUUUAUCAUUAGUUGAUGAUAAUGUUGCCUCCUUUUGGAAAUGUCCGAGUUCUUACCUUAUUUUUUCGCGUUUCAUUAAGGCUCUUGUAUGCUGGCAUGCAAGUUGCAUUCUAAUCGCACGCACUAGGGUAACCGAGCAUGUAAAUAGAGUAAGGAUUACGACGUUAAUAUAUAAGUAAACGCGAAUCCGUAUACGAGAAGUAAACUUUCUUAAAGUACAAGUGCAAUCAAACAAAUGAGCGUUCUACCAGCUGUUCAGUCCUUGGCGUUGAAAUUUAGGGCAAUUGUGUAUCUGUACAUCCUCUCGCACUUUACAUUUCCUAUUAUACUUAAUCUCUGUAUAUGCAUUCAUGAUACUAUUAAGUUUAAUCAAGUGCUAUAGUUUAACACACUGUACCGAAUUGUCUGUAAAAUUCUCCGUGUACAUUUUGUUAAUAUUAUAAAGCAAAUCGAGAUCUGUGAGUUCUUUCAUUGACAUUCAGACAUAUUAUGGAGAGAUUGCAGUCGCAAUUCGCAUCGUCGGACACUAUUACCCAUCUAGAUAUUUCGUUCAAUUUGCCGAAUUAGGACCGAAUUAGUAAGAUUCUUCGCUACAGUGGAUCUCUGUUGAUUCGCGCAUUAGCGUUCACGUUGCGCGUAACUCGUUACUAGUAGAGUUACACCAAAUAACAUGUGUAUAUUUGAGCGGGACGCCGAACGUGCACUCGAAUUAAUUGUAAAUCUUGUACGGUUGACAGUGCCUGAUGCUGUUUGAAAUUGGCAUACAGUAGCGUACACUCGCAUUCAACCCACUGUGUCUCCUCAAAAGCUGUUAACGAUGUCAUUUCAUUCGCACUGAACGCAGAGAAGCAUGUACAGGUCCGAAAAUUUCCAACGACACGCUUUCGAUCUAAAGUACAAAGAUAUGUAUCUGAGAGUAUAUAAGAGUCAUGUGCAAAUGUUUUUUACUCUACCACGUCGAUAAAAAUUCUGUUAUAUUAUGCAACACGGAAGUAUGUCUGGUGAAAGGCUUAAAAGUGACGGAAAUACCGCUACUUUGGUACAUCGUUGCAUCGUUCCACAUGAAAGAUGGGACGUACAGCGAAUCCAAACUUGGAUAUGUAUCUGAAAUAACACGUAGAACAAAAUAUCUGUACAGAUUGUCUUUUAUCCUGAAAUCCUUACGUGUGUACUUAUGUGUGUGCGCAACGCAGCAAUAGUUCACAAAUCGUUCCUUUGACGAAAUCGCUUCUCUGAUACACGUGGGUUGAAGGAAUACGUUAGCAGCGACAAACUUUCUCUGUACAACUACUAGUUACACGAAUGUCAAAGAUCGCUUACUGUGGUUCGUUAGAAAUGAUUUGACCAAAUAUUACAUAGGCUAAUGACCAGUAAAUGAGGAUGAUUAUCUUACUUGGCAUCUCCGCCUGUGAUUUUUAUAUUGCUCUCGUUGUAGCGAGGGAAGGAAGAGGAUAGAAGAUAUUUAGAAUAUUAUAUCAGAUACCAUUAAUAGUUUAGCGUUUUAAUUUCUCUCGGAAAGAGGAUGUUUUGAAGUAAGUAAGUUAGACUAUUGAAUUUUGAAUAUUGAAUAUUGACAAAUUCAAAGACAUAUCACGUCAUCGUGUAUCAUUACUGUAUUAUUGUAAAAUAUAUAUUAUCGUUGCCUACGGUGAUGUUUAAGGAUUGAAAAAUGUAAUUUUUCUUUUCCCGCAACGGACGGCAACGUCCUUUUUUCGAUUUGGAGAAAGCUCGACUAAAAAGUGAGAUAAUCAACCGUCGGUUUCUUCGUGGACUCGAUAAUGUCCGAAUAUUCUCUUUAAGAAGACAGAGUCUUAGGCGAAAUUGUAUUUAUUAGGUAAAAAACGUUGAAUGUCUCGUAAAUUAUUUAACGAAUAAUGGAGCUUAGCCGAGUCCCGAGCGAGGACGAUGAGGCUAGACGCUUAUUUGCUCCAAAGAGAAAUUAAUAGGAGAUUAUUGAGAACGCAGUUAUCGAUACGACACCAAGUGCGAUUGUGUAAGAGAGAGAUUAAUGAAGAAUUAGGGAAAAUACGUGCAAGCCCCGAGUACCUCGAUUGCAGACCCUUUUGUUACGUGUGUGUGCACAGUAGCUGUAUAAUUUAUUAAUGUACUAAGAUUUAUUAUAUUAAACUGAUUCUCUCGGA